AUUAACUACAGAAGAGAGAGACGUGAGAGCGUGAGCGUCGGUAAAAAUAGUUUUCCGUUUCAUAAAGCGGGGCGCACCGCUAAAACAAAAAUAAAACAUUAGAAAAGAUACAACAAGAUGUGUGUGUGCAAUGGUUUAUGUAAAUACAAAAUUAAACCCAAUAUGUAAUUCGAGGUGAAGUGUGAAUAGGAUCACAAUCGCACUUAUCAAGUAUCUGUGUAAACGUACAUACAAAUAAAUUUCCCUCUGCAUGCAUAUUUUGACGUCUGAGCGGAGCGGAAAAAGUCAUAGUACAAAGCAAUUAGAAUGAGCAUUCCGCGUGGUGGCAACAGCGGCGGCAGCACAUCGCUCGAUUUAACACCGCUGCUCGAUGGCAGCAACAAUAGCGAUGACAGCGAUCAAGAAACGGGCAACAAAUCAAAUGGAGGCUCCCAGCUGAAUUCCACCUCCAGUGUUGGGUCCAAGGAACUACGCAUUAGCCACCGAGACAGAGAGCGGGAGGAAGCUGAUGCGGCAAUCUUUUUCAAAAAAGUUGGCAGCGCAGUUUUCUAUGGCAUCGCUUCGUUUAUGAUCACCGUGGUUAAUAAGACUGUGCUCACGUCUUAUCACUUUCCCUCGUUCCUCUUUCUGAGUCUGGGGCAGCUAACGGCUAGUAUUGUAGUGCUUGCAACUGGCAAACGACUUAGACUGGUCACGUAUCCGCCACUGCAGCGAAAUACGUUUGCGAAGAUCUUUCCACUGCCCUUGAUCUUUGGUUUUAAUAUGAUCUUUGGCCUGGGCGGCACGAAGGCGCUUAGCUUGCCGAUGUUCGCUGCACUACGUCGCUUCUCCAUCCUGAUGACCAUGCUGCUGGAGCUAAAGAUACUGGGAGUAAGGCCGACGACAGCAGUACAGAUUAGCGUUUAUGCUAUGAUCGGUGGCGCUUUGAUAGCUGCUUCCGAUGAUCUGUCAUUUAAUAUGCAGGGCUACACGUACGUGAUGAUCACCAAUGCGCUGACAGCCUCGAACGGCGUGUUUGUAAAGAAGAAACUGGACACUUCAGAGAUUGGGAAAUACGGAUUGAUGUUCUACAAUUCGCUGUUCAUGUUUGUGCCUGCCCUGCUGCUCAACUAUGUGACGGGUGAUCUACAGAAGGCCAUUGAAUUCGGCAGUUGGAAUGAUCCGGCAUUUGUCGUGCAAUUUCUACUCAGCUGCGUCAUGGGCUUUAUCUUAUCAUACAGCACAAUACUCUGCACCCAGUUCAACUCCGCGCUAACUACGACAAUUGUUGGCUGUCUGAAGAACAUCUGUGUCACCUAUCUGGGGAUGUUCAUUGGAGGAGACUACGUGUUCUCAUGGCUCAACUGCAUUGGCAUCAACAUCAGCGUGCUGGCAAGCUUGCUCUAUACGUACGUCACAUUCCGCCGGAAGCAGGCUCCCGAUAAGCAAACCCAUUUGCCUAAUUCUCGAGGAGAGAACGUCUAGUCGAAGACUAUCCAUAGAGAGAGCCUGCUGCCAAAGCCAUAAAAUUUUCAUGUAGAGCAUCGAGCAACGCCUAGACUAGAGAACAAACAUUAUAACAAAGCACACAAUGUUAACUUUAAAACACUAAAUUGUACAUAUGUAGUUAUGGAUUUAAAUAUUAUACAUGUAUAUAUAUAUCCGCAGAUAUAUAUAUAUAUGUAUUUAUAUGCAUAUAUGUAAGCACUUAUGUUAUUUAAAUGUCCUUGUAAAUUCUUAUCACACUCGCGCAAUUAAUUAUGUUAAAGUGUCAUAAAACAGCAACA